GUUAACAGGAGCGCAUAAACAAAAAGUCGUGUGUUAUGGUUUCUGGUACAAGAAAAAAUGGAUGCCGUAUUCAGUGUACUUAAGCAGUUCAGACUGGAGUCUUACCACAAGCAGUUUCUCCAGUUGGGAGUGAAGGAUGAAAGAGAUUUCCUGGAUGGCAUAAUAGAUGAAGAUCUGAACAACAUUGGUUUAAGCCAUGUGGAGAAGAAUCGUUUUUCAGCAAUGAAAAACUUCAUUCACAGUUGCAGAGCUCUGGAUCGCCAAGUUCAAACUGUGAUGCCUGUGCAAAAAACACUGGAGCCGUUCUCUCUGUGGUACACAUACCCAAAAUGUCCUCAACCAAUAUGUAUCAAAGAUAUAGAUCCGAUGCAAAAUACACUUGAAGAUCUGAUGUUGAGGAUUGGCCAUCUUGAAAGUAUUGGUAAUUCCAAAGGAGUCUGUCUCUACACGAUCGAUGGUAUGGCCUUGACUGAUGAUCCCUUCUUCAAUACAUGGUCUUUGAAGGACAGGCAUAUUGAAAAUGGAGCUACAAUUUAUGCCAUAUUUACACCAAAGGAAAACCUGAAACAGUCUCCUGAAAUACCAAAGCGAGAGGUUGGUGAAGCCUACGGAGACAAUGUGGUUCGAUGCCACAUCAUGCUCAAGGGAGACUUUGAGGUGAAGGUAAACUUGGCAAGUGACACCAUAGCCAGUCUGAGACUCAAGCUGGCAAAUGAAAGUGGAAUUCCAGCACACGUCCUUCACUACAAAGGUCAACAUUAUGGAGGUGACACUCUGCAGAGUUGUGGGAUCUCUGCAGCGUCAACAGUUAACUUCUCUUUAUCCACCUUUUCUGAUAAGCACACAUACGAUGAGACAAUCUACAUUAAUGAUUUUGUGCCCUCGGUCCAACAAACCCAGAAAGGAAUCAGUGUGUUCCUCUCUUCACUGUAUGCUGUUGAAAAUCAUUAUUCAACAGAGCAACUGAAGAAACUGAUCUCCUAUGUACGGAAACUAACUGGAUGUAACCCUCUUGCACAAAGUUUGCAUCAGUUACUCUGCAGGAAUGAAACACUAACGAGGAAUCAGAAGAUUGCAGUCGUUGAGGGCUUGUACAUCCUCUUCAGAGAGCUUUUGCCUCAAAGUGGAACACAACAAGAAGAGAAACUCAUUGAGGACUUGGAUGUCUUUGAGAAUUCACUGUACUGCUGGGCACAUCUCUUAUCAGAAGCAAAGACACAGUCAGCUGACCACGAGAGCUUUGCAACAAUCAGCCUCACAUCAGAGGAUGGCAGCCGCUUCUCUGAACCGGUCAGAGUACCUGGAGUUCCUGGAACCUUUGAACGAGCAUAUGUUCUCCAGAAAAUCAAAGAUGGAGAGAAAAUUCCAAAUUGCACUGAAGAGAUCUUGCGAGAAGCAUCAUUACAGAGAGCCAACGACAUUGAAAAAAUCAUACUCAGUUUGCCUCCGUCCAUAAGAACAUAUCCUCUUUGGAUUAACCAUGACAAGUCGACUGGUCAGAAUGGCAGCUUCCAGAUAAAGAUGGAGAAGACUUUUAGAAGUAUGGAAGAAGAAUUAAAAUCUCCCUACCAUCAACACCUUAAUGUGACCCCUCCUCUACAUUUGAAGGAGCUAGGACAAUGUGAUGCACGCCUUGUUCUUUUAAGUGAAGACAAUGUUGGCGUGUGCUUGACCAAAGACAAAGGAUCCCCUGAUAUGAUCAGAGUGCUUGAUUGCCUGGAUGGCAAAGAAAAAGUUGUGGAUGUAAAUCUGUUGGCAGCCAGGACUGGUGACCAGAGAGACGACCAAAAGUUUGUCACAACCAGGACUCCAAAAGAGGCCAUACUGGUGCUGAUCGACACAAGCUCCUCCAUGGAGGAGGAGUGCUAUGGAAGUGCAGGAAUAAAGAAGAUCAACAUUGUGAAAGAGCUCUUUGACAACUUUGCAACAAGGACCAUGGCUUAUGAUUUUUACCAUGUCAUCGGUCUUGUUAAGUUCGACUCCCUGGUGAAGAUUCUCCACACAUUUACCGAAAAUCUGGAGAAUUUCAAGGAUCACAUUCGCAACAUUGAGGCAAGUGGAUGUACUCUGCUGUAUGAUGCCUUGCGACGUGGGGCGAUUGAGUUGGAAAAGGUCAAGAUGAGGUUCCCAGAUUGUCGACUUCGCAUCAUUUGUCUCACUGAUGGACAUGAUUCUGGUUCCUCCGUAGAGCCAGAUGUUGUUACAGCCAAACUGCUGAAAUCUAACAUUAUUGUGGAUUCAGUCCUUCUUGGGGAUGUGAAGAAUAAUAUGCUGCAUGGAAUCAGCAAUGCCACAGGUGGUUGCUGCUUCAAUCCGCAGACAACCAAAGAAGGUCUGAAGCUCUUUGAGAUUGAGACAGUUCUGUCUCUGGAGCAAAGGAAUCUCAAGGAAAAACUUGACCCAUCUUCUGUCAGUCAGCACCAUCUGUCAAGGAUUUUCACAACUCAUGGGUAUGACGAAUGUCCAGAGACGGCCCUGCCGAGCCAGAUAAACAGCAAAGUGACAGUAACAGAGAGCGCUCUGAAAAAGAAGAUUAGGGAGUCAAAGGGGUGGUUUCUGGAGAAGGACAAGCGUAUCCUGGAGGAGCUGAAGAGCCUUCAUUGUAACCCACAUCCCUUCUUCAGAGUCUUUCCAUCAGAGUCAGACUUCACUUUCUGGAGAAUUCUCAUGGAAGGCCCUCCUGACACUCCGUAUAAGAAAGGAGUGUUUGAGCUGUACUGCCAGUUUGGUCCUGACUACCCAACGAAACCUCCAGUCGUCCGCUUUGUCACACAAGUAUACCACUGCAACGUCAACAGCGUGGGCCGCAUCUGCCACAACAUAUUUGACCGCAACUACAAUGCCCACAUCACCAUGAGGGAGAUCCUAGAAGCUGUGUUUGGACUCCUCAUCAUCCCUGAGCCUGAUGAUCCACUCGAUAGCAUUUUGGCUGAAGAAUUCCUGACGAGCCGUGAGACAUAUGAACAAGAAGCUGAGAAACACACAGUAGAAACUGCAGGAAAGUCGAUGGAUGACAUGGAGAAAAAACUGGUGGAGACUGUGUCACAGUUUAUACCCCAGCAUCUGAUCUGUCCACUCACCAAGAAGAUGUUUGUUGAUCCUGUGAAAACAGUGUACGGCACCGUGUAUGAACGCAAGGCCAUUGAGGAGCACCUCAAACAACACCAGUACGAGCCGACGGCCGGCCCAGGACACGAGCUUGAAAUGAGUGACAUCAGAGUCGACCAGGAUAUGAAGAAAAUGGUGAUGGAUCAUCGCUCUCGGCAAAUCCAGCUUUAAAAUACAGCGGUGUAGUUUAACAUUAGUAUCAUCACCAGCUGCUUUUUAUAUUAAUCUGCACAAGUUUGUUAUAGACUCAUCAUUCUGUUGUUUGGAAAAAAAAUUCUGCGGGUUAUUUUGAUCCAUUUUUACUCCUGCCCCAUCACUUGUACUUUGUAUGGAGAGCGAUGGACAGUUAUUUGUUUCUUCUGUUGAGAUGCUUUUGUUUGGAGGUAAUUGUUGUUUUGACUUUUGAUUGUUCAGUGUGUUUUUUUUUCAUUCUGUCCUAUUCACUUAUUGUUUGCAACAUUUUAAAAUUACAUCACAUUUAUUUUAAUAGUGAUAGUAAAAAACAAAAUGUGAGUGAUUGAGUGAAGGAUGCAGCAGGUUUUUCUUUCAUAAUUUUCAAACACAGAAAUACUUCUCCCUGUUAAAACUGAUUCUUAUUAAUUUGCUAUUAAGUCACGUGAGAUUUUUAUGCAGACAUGCCCAAGGCCUGAUCUUUAUAUGUGAAAGGAGCAACUAAUAACUUUGCUUGCCUAGAACACCAGAUUUGCCUGGUCUGGUGCUGACCAUACAGGCUGAUUUUCAUCUGCACAUUAAGCACAAAUUUAAUAAUUAUUACUUUAGAGCAGAUACUAUUAGAGGCGAAUCAUUCUCAGCAAGAAUAGUUCUUCUUAUAAAAAAAUAUAAAGUUUUAAUUUUUAAUUGAAAACAUUAAAAUUGUUUUUUAAUUUAAUAAAUUUUAAUCUAUACAAUUAUCUUUGAAGAAAGACAGUUAUAGAAUUUGACAAAACAAAAGACAAGGCGAUAUCUACAUGGGGGUAUCAUUCAAUAAACAGUGAAGAAUUUAAGGCUUUGCACACUUGUCUCGGUUUAAUUGCUUUACUAUUCACUUCUAUUCACUACUAUUUAGUCCAUGUAAUGUUUCAAUGUCGUGUCUAGUUACUAUUCUCAGUUAUAUGUGUUGCAUUGCUGUUGUCCAUUUGCAUGUUUAAAUGUAAAAUUUCUAAAAUAAACAUUUGUUUUUGCAAUCAAUA